AUGAAUCCAAUUUUUUUCUUAUGUGUAAUAUUUCCGCUUUUGUUCCAAGUUGUUAAUUAUGCAAACUUGAGUCCUGACAUUAUGGUUUAUAAUCCAAAUAAGUCGUCUUUACUAAGAUUAAGUGCUUCACCACAUGAAAAUGACUCCGAGUCUGGCAACAAGGGAAGAAACCCUCGUGGCAAACUCCGUCUUCCGAAUCCAUUUUCCCGAGCAAAUCAGAAAGGAAAAAGAAUUAAAGAUAAACACGGUCAUACCGACGAUUCGAGUAAUUCUCGUGGUACAGAUGGCAUAGAUGGUCCGGGUGGUUCAGGUGGUCCAGGUGGUCCAACUAAUUCGAAUAAUCCAGGUCCCAUGGGUUCGAGAGAUCCGUCACCUGAGUUACCAAAUUUUAUACCUCCGCCGCCAGAUGGAAAAAAUGGUAAACCAUCUCCACCCAUUAAAGGCAGACCUCCUUGUCCAACUCCACGAGGACACCCUCCUCCACCCAUUAAAGGCAGACCUCCUUGUCCAACUCCACGAGGACACCCUCCUUCACCCACUAAAGGCAAACCUCCCUGUCCAACUCCACGAGGACACCCUCCUCCACCCACUAGAGGCAGACCUCCUCGUCCAACUCCACGAGGACACCCUCCUGGAUCGUGCCAGAGAUCUAGAACUCCUGACCCUUAUUCUGAAAACUCACAGAGUAGUUCCUCAAGAAGAAGCUCUCCUUCCCCAUCUCGUGCUGAUCAAACAGAUGGUGGAAGUGGACGAACUGGCAGGAAGUUUUUGGUUCAGAAACCUAGUGAAAAGCCACCUAAACCACCAGUGCGUUCAUCAUCACUUCCAAAUCUUUUGGAUUAA